UUCCGCUCGUCUUCGGCCGGGGGUCUGGAACUGCGGGUGUCAGUUUCCCUCAAGAUGGCGGACGAGGAGGCUGGGGGUGCGGAGAGGAUGGAAGUCAGCACGGAGUUGCCCCAGACCCCUCAGCUCCUGGCAUCUUGGUGGGAUCAGCAAGUUGACUUUUAUACUACUUUUUUGCACCAUUUGGCACAGUUGGUGCCAGAAAUUUAUUCUGCUGAAAUGGACCCAGACUUGGAAAAGCAGGAGGAGAGUAUACAAAUGUCUAUAUUUACUCCACUGGAAUGGUAUUUAUUUGGAGAAGAUCCGGAUAUUUGCUUAGAGAAAUUGAAGCACAGUGGAGCAUUUCAACUCUGUGGGAAGGUUUUCAAAAGUGGAGAGACAACGUACUCUUGUAGGGACUGUGCAAUUGACCCAACAUGUGUACUCUGUAUGGACUGCUUCCAGAAUAGUGUUCAUAAAAAUCAUCGUUACAAGAUGCAUACUUCUACUGGAGGGGGAUUUUGUGACUGUGGAGACACAGAGGCAUGGAAAACAGGCCCUUUUUGUAUAAGUCAUGAACCUGGAAGAGCAGGUACCACAAAAGAGAGUUUACGUUGCCCAUUGAAUGAAGAGGUAAUUGCCCAAGCCCGGAAAAUAUUCCCUUCAGUGAUAAAAUACAUUGUAGAAAUGACUAUAUGGGAAGAGGAGAAAGAACUGCCUCCUGAACUCCAGAGAAGGGAGAAAAAUGAAAGAUACUAUUGUGUCCUUUUCAAUGAUGAACACCAUUCAUAUGACCAUGUCAUAUACAGUCUACAAAGGGCUCUUGACUGUGAGCUUGCAGAGGCCCAGUUGCACACCACUGCCAUAGACAAAGAGGGUCGUCGGGCUGUCAAAGCAGGUGCUUUUGCUGCUUGUCAGGAAGCAAAGGAAGAUAUAAAGAGUCAUUCAGAAAAUGUCUCUCAACAUCCACUUCACGUAGAAGUAUUACACUCUGAGGUUAUGGCUCACCAGAAAUUUGCUUUGCGUCUUGGCUCCUGGAUGAACAAAAUUAUGAGCUAUUCAAGUGACUUUAGACAGAUCUUUUGCCAAGCAUGCCUUAGAGAAGAACCUGGCUCUGAGAAUCCCUGUCUCAUAAGCAGGUUAAUGCUUUGGGAUGCAAAGCUUUAUAAAGGUGCCCGUAAGAUACUUCAUGAAUUGAUCUUCAGCAGUUUUUUUAUGGAGAUGGAAUACAAAAAAUUCUUUGCUAUGGAAUUUGUGAAGUAUUAUAAACAGCUGCAGAAAGAGUAUAUUAGUGAUGAUCAUGACAGAAGUAUCUCAGUAACUGCACUCUCAGUUCAGAUGUUUACUGUUCCUACUCUGGCUCGACAUCUUAUUGAAGAACAGAAUGUUAUCUCUGUCAUUACUGAAACUCUGCUAGAAGUUUUGCCUGAAUACUUGGACAGGAACAAUAAAUUCAACUUCCAGGGUUAUAGCCAGGACAAAUUGGGAAGAGUAUAUGCAGUAAUAUGUGAUCUAAAGUAUAUCCUGAUCAGCAAACCUACAGUAUGGACAGAAAGAUUAAGAAUGCAGUUCCUUGAAGGUUUUCGGUCUUUUUUGAAGAUUCUUACCUGUAUGCAGGGAAUGGAAGAAAUCAGAAGACAGGUUGGGCAACACAUAGAAGUGGAUCCUGACUGGGAGGCUGCCAUUGCUAUACAGAUGCAAUUGAAGAAUAUUUUACUCAUGUUCCAAGAGUGGUGUGCUUGUGAUGAAGAACUCUUACUGGUGGCUUAUAAAGAGUGUCACAAAGCUGUGAUGCGGUGCAGUACAAGUUUUAUAUCUAGUAGCAAGACAGUAGUACAAUUGUGGGGUCAUACUCUGGAAACUAAGUCAUACAAGGUAUCUGAAGAUCUUGUAAGCAUACAUCUGCCACUCUCCAGGACUCUUGCUGGUCUUCAUGUGCGUUUAAGCAGGCUGGGUGCCGUUUCAAGACUACAUGAAUUUGUGCCUUUUGAGGACUUUCAAGUAGAGGUACUAGUGGAAUAUCCUUUGCGUUGUCUGGUGUUGGUUGCCCAGGUUGUUGCUGAAAUGUGGCGAAGAAAUGGACUCUCUCUCAUUAGCCAGGUGUUUUACUACCAAGAUGUUAAGUGCAGAGAAGAAAUGUAUGAUAAAGAUAUCAUUAUGCUUCAGAUUGGUGCAUCUUUAAUGGAUCCCAACAGGUUCUUGUUACUGGUACUUCAGAGGUAUGAACUUGCUGAUGCUUUUAACAAGACUAUAUCCCCAAAAGACCAGGAUUUGAUUAAACAAUAUAAUACAUUAAUAGAAGAAAUGCUUCAAGUCCUCAUCUAUAUUGUGGGUGAGCGUUAUGUACCUGGCGUGGGAAAUGUAACCAAAGAAGAGGUCACAAUGAGAGAAAUUAUUCACUUGCUUUGUAUUGAACCCAUGCCACAUAGCGCCAUUGCCAAAAAUUUACCUGAGAACGAAAAUAAUGAAACUGGCUUAGAGAAUGUCAUAAACAAAGUGGCCACAUUUAAGAAACCAGGUGUAUCAGGCCAUGGAGUUUAUGAACUGAAAGAUGAAUCAUUGAAAGACUUCAAUAUGUACUUUUAUCAUUAUUCCAAAACGCAACAUAGCAAGGCAGAACAUAUGCAGAAGAAAAGGAGAAAACAAGAAAACAAAGAUGAAGCAUUACCACCACCACCACCUCCUGAAUUCUGCCCUGCUUUCAGCAAAGUGGUUAACCUUCUCAAUUGUGAUAUCAUGAUGUACAUUCUCAGGACCAUAUUUGAGCGGGCAAUUGACACAGAUUCUAACUUGUGGACUGAAGGGAUGCUUCAGAUGGCAUUUCAUAUUCUGGCAUUGGGUUUACUAGAAGAAAAGCAACAGCUUGAAAAAGCUCCUGAAGAAGAAGUGACAUUUGACUUUUACCAUAAGGCUUCAAGAUUGGGAAGUUCAGCCAUGAAUGCUCAGAAUAUACAGAUGCUUUUGGAAAAACUCAAAGGAAUUCCCCAGUUAGAAGGCCAGAAAGACAUGAUAACAUGGAUACUCCAGAUGUUUGACACAGUGAAGCGAUUAAGAGAAAAAUCUUGUUUAAUUGUAGCAACUACAUCAGGAUCAGAAUCUAUUAAGAAUGAUGAGAUUACUCAUGAUAAGGAAAAAGCAGAACGGAAAAGAAAAGCUGAAGCUGCUAGACUGCACCGCCAGAAGAUCAUGGCUCAGAUGUCUGCCUUACAGAAAAACUUUAUUGAAACUCACAAACUGAUGUAUGACAACACCUCAGAAAUGUCUGGGAAAGAAGACUCCAUUAUGGAGGAAGAGAGUGCCCCAGCAGUCAGUGACUACUCUAGAAUUGCUUUGGGUCCUAAACGGGGUCCGACUGUUACUGAAAAGGAGGUGCUGACAUGCAUCCUCUGCCAAGAAGAACAAGAGGUGAAAAUAGAAAAUAAUGCCAUGGUAUUAUCGGCCUGUGUCCAGAAAUCCACCGCCUUAACCCAGCACAGGGGAAAACCCAUAGAACUCUCAGGGGAAACCCUGGACCCGCUCUUCAUGGAUCCAGACUUGGCAUAUGGAACUUACACAGGAAGCUGUGGUCAUGUGAUGCAUGCGGUGUGCUGGCAGAAGUAUUUUGAAGCUGUACAACUGAGCUCUCAGCAGCGCAUUCAUGUUGACCUUUUCGACUUAGAGAGUGGAGAAUAUCUUUGCCCACUUUGCAAGUCUCUGUGCAAUACUGUGAUCCCCAUUAUUCCUUUGCAACCUCAAAGGAUAAACAGUGAGAAUGCAGAGGCUCUUGCUCAACUUUUGACGCUGGCACAAUGGAUACAGACUGUUCUGGCCAGAAUAUCAGGUUAUAAUAUGAAACACGCUAAAGGAGAAAACCCACCAAUUCCAGUCUUAGUUGAUCAAGGAAUGGGUGAUUCCACUUUUGAGUUCCAUUCCAUCCUGAGUUUUGGAAUUCAGCCUUCGAUAAAAUAUUCUAAUAGCAUCAAGGAAAUGGUCAUUCUCUUUGCUACAACAAUUUACAGAAUUGGACUAAAAGUACCUCCUGAUGAAACGGAUCCUCGAGUCCCCAUGAUGACCUGGAGCACAUGUGCUUUCACUGUCCAGGCAAUUGAAAACCUCUUGGGAGAUGAAGGAAAACCUCUGUUUGGAGCACUUCAAAAUAGACAGCAUAAUGGUCUGAAAGCAUUAAUGCAGUUUGCCAUUGCACAGAAGAUUACGUGUCCUCAGGUCCUGAUACAGAAACAUCUGAUUCGUCUCCUAUCAGUUGUUCUUCCUAACCUAAAAUCAGAAGAUACACCUUGCCUUCUUUCUAUAGAUCUAUUUCAUGUUUUGGUUGGUGCUGUGUUAGCAUUUCCAUCCUUGUAUUGGGAUGACACUGUUGAUCUGCAGCCUUCAUCAAUUAGUUCCUCGUAUAACCACCUUUAUCUCUUCCAUUUGAUCACCAUGGCACACAUGCUUCAGAUCCUUCUUACCAUAGACACAGACCUCCCCCUUGCUCAGGUUCAAGAAGAGAGUGAAGAGGCUCGUUCUGCAUCUUCUUUCUUGGCAGAAGUUUCUCAAUAUACAAAUGGCUGCAUUGGGUGUGGUAUUCCUGGCUGGUAUUUGUGGGUCUCAUUGAAGAAUGGUAUCACCCCUUACCUUCGCUGUGCUGCCUUGUUUUUCCACUAUUUACUUGGAGUAACUCCACCUGAUGAACUGCUGACAAAUCCUGCAGAAGGAGAAUACAGUGCACUCUGUAGCUAUCUAUCUUUACCCACAAAUUUGUUCCUGCUUUUCCAGGAAUAUUGGGAUACUGUAAGACCCCUCCUCCAGAGGUGGUGUGCAGAUCCUGCCUUACUAAACUGUUUGAAGCAGAAAAGCACCAUAGUCAGAUACCCUAGAAAAAGAAAUAGUUUGAUAGAGCUACCUGAUGACUAUAGCUGCCUCCUAAAUCAAGCUUCUCAUUUCAGGUGCCCACGGUCUGCAGAUGAUGAACGAAAGCACCCUGUCCUCUGUCUUUUCUGUGGAGCCAUACUGUGUUCUCAGAACAUUUGCUGCCAAGAAAUUGUGAAUGGGGAAGAGGUUGGAGCUUGCAUUUUUCAUGCACUUCACUGUGGAGCUGGAGUCUGCAUUUUCCUAAAAAUCCGAGAAUGCAGAGUAGUUCUGGUUGAAGGUAAAGCCAGAGGCUGUGCCUAUCCAGCCCCUUAUUUGGAUGAAUAUGGAGAAACAGACCCUGGCCUGAAGAGGGGCAAUCCCCUUCAUUUAUCUCGUGAACGGUAUCGGAAGCUCCAUUUGGUGUGGCAACAGCACUGCAUUAUAGAAGAGAUUGCUAGGAGCCAGGAAACUAAUCAGAUGUUAUUUGGAUUCAACUGGCAGUUAUUGUGAGCUUCAACUCUGCCUUGGGACAAUCACAAGUGAAGACAGUAAUGAAGACUGAUUGAAAAUUAUGGAGAUCUUUCUUUCUGAGGGCUGGGGAAGGGUUGGAGGGUCUUUUGCUCCAUGUCCAGAUUUGCAUACAUUAAUAAAAUAUUCCUUAAUGGAGUAUUGCUUUCAAUUAGUGAAAAUAUGCUUAAAGGAGUGAAAGGAUGACAUAGAUUAAUGUUUCAUGUUCCAGAACACUAAAAAAAUGCUUCUUCACCCCAAAUGUCUCACUGUGCUAUUUCCAGAAAACU